CUAAUGCUAAAAUAUUUUAAUUUGUCGGGAGAAGACGAUACUUUACAUCGAUAUGUGUAACAUCACCAAUCCGUAACAGCAUUGCCUAAGUGUGAUCGAUGAAAGCCGGCAAGAAAGUCUAUUGUAAUUCGUGAAUGGUCGCGACCCGACUGUAUUUAUACAUGUGCAGGUAUGGCCGUGGUCUUAGUCGGUGCGGGCCUGUCCAUCCUGGAAGAAAUUAGUUUUCUCCAGUGCAGAUACUCUGAUUACAUAUCGAACGAACCUGCAGAGAUUUUAACUAUUUUAACUAUAGCGUAGGAAACAUUUGAUCGGUGUAGUGCUAAGUGCAAUUGGAUUACUAACAUGAAGUUCCUUCUAAUAUUGUGUUUACUAGUUACGAGCUUGCUGUAUGUCACAGCGGAAACUGAAACCGAGGAAGCUGAAGAGAAACCGGAAAUUACGAAGUUAGAAGUAGUAGACCUCGGCGAGGGGGAAAGCGAUGUCGAUGGCAAGGAAUCGGAAGUUCAGAAAAAAAGAGAUUCAGGGUAUCCUUAUAGGAGACCAAACAAUUUCGCGUUAGCUUCGAGAGCUCGUUUGCAAAUUGGACAACCCGGCCACAGAGGGCGUAUCGUUAAUAGACAUCCCGCACAAAUAAAUCGACCUAUUACCAAAUACGGGCCACCGGGUUAUCAGAAUUCAUCUCCAAUGAGACCUGUAUCACACAAUCAACAGCACCGAGAUAAAUUGCAAUUCCACGGUCAUUUCAACCAACAACAUUCGAACAACUUUGAUGGUCGUCCGAGUGGUUUGCUCGAACAGGAAGUUCCAAGUCCAAUUAGACAGGUCGAUUUCAUCGAACCGAAUCCAAUAUCCACUCAAAACGAUGAACCAUUUGCAACUCAUUCGGCCAAUUACUUACCACCACAAAAUCAAAGGUUACCUGGUUAUUCCGCGUCGCAAACUUUUUCCCCGGCUCAGGCAGCACAGAAACCCGAAAGUGACAACCAAGGUCAAUCGGCGAACUUCCAGAGCCAGAACAUCGCACUGCCGCAGGCGCAAUUGUCGGACGCGGCGCUUUUCCUCGCGGAAAAUGCGCAAGCCAUACAACAACUUUAUGGUGCUCCUCCAAAUGAGCAAGACUUCGCACCACAUGCCGAUCAAUUCUUAGGCCACAAUAGCCAAGUUCAAAAUCCGAACGGCCAGUUCCAAAAUUUCGAGACUAGCUCGCAAAGCACGCAAAGUUUUCCAGGACCUCUACCGUCGUACGCAUCUGGAACGCUUAGCGCCCGAGAAACUCUAGAACAAAUACAGUCCCUCGAGAAGGAUCGAUUGAUCGCUCAAUUGCAGCGAGCACUCGCUACGCAGGCCCAAAGUGCAGACGCAGCAGGAAGGUACGCACAAAAUCAGCAGAGCUUCGUACAGAAUCAAGAUCUUCUGGCUUCCCUCGGACAGCGAAUGAAGAUUCACGGUUUAAAUACGCAACAGAAUACCGUACUCUUGGGCUCUGGAAAUACAGCUUUCAAUCAAUCACCUUUUUUGCCAGGGACAACAAUCAGUCCGGGAUUUCCGCUUAACUAUGGACUGUCGACAACUAUUCAGCCUCCAACCACUACUACAACAGCGACAACCACAACCGCGCAACCCCCUCAGGCUGCUAAAGGCGAUGGAACCUCACAGCUUGGUUCUUCCGUUCCUGCGCCACCCCAAUCAUCACCCGGGCCAGGAGUUCCCGUUUACGGUGGAUUCGUUCCCACUUUAAUUGCCGGUACAGCUUUCGCAUCGAGCGUACCAACCUACGGUCCUGCCUUUUUGGCACCCGGCGCUGUCGCAUCCGUUCAACCGAGUUCCUUUCCUACACACUUUGGACUACCGAUUCCUGCAGAUCACGGUCAGAAGCCUACUUCCGAAACGAAACCAUCCACAGCCUCUACGACACCGUCAAUUCCCUCGAUAAAUCGACCCGCUGCUCCCUCGUCUCCACCAGUUAAUACCGUGCCAUUUCCCGUGCAUCCUGUUGCAACUCCACUUCAUCCACUUCAUCCAGUAGUGACGCCUCUUCAUCCAGUGACUUCUUUGCAACCAGUGGUCCCUUCAACGCCAACUCACGUGCAUCCCGUACAAACUCCAUCAACGACACAUCCGACCUACGGAUUGCAAACUGCGGUAAUCAAUCCGCUUUUAUAUAAGCCGAUCAAACCGGUAUAUCCAUUCUAUUAUUACCCGAAUGUCGCAUAUCAGGUACCUAAGCCAGCGUUGCCGACUUAUCCGUGGAGCUACGCGCCAACCUAUGCUCAAGCGAAACCGACCCAAAUAUGGAAAUGA